ACCUCAUGGACUGCGGGAGGAGGGGGAGGUCCCAGCUCUUCCUGGUCGGGUUGGGCACUGCCAGAAAUCCCGCUUCCCGAAACCAGCUUAAGGAAAGACAACACGCCUCUCCCCGCCCUCUCCUCAGUCCACGUCUUCUCUUAUCCCCCUAGUCUCCUUUUCUCGCCACCACUCCCAGCCCAAACCACAUCACCUUUGGGUCCGAAUGGCCACCCCGGCCCAGGACUAAGAGCGAGAGCGAGCUGCGCAAGCCUGCUGUUGGAUCAAGAGCUCGGUCAGCUCCGCGGACCUGGCCGCGCCGGCUGCCCUCGCCAUGAGCUGCCUCGGGAACUGGAGGACCGAAAGGCAGCGCGGGGAGAAGGCGCAGAGUAAGAUCAGCAGAAAGAUUGAUGAGCAGCUGCAGAAGGACGAGCAGAUCUACCUGGCCACGCACCGCCAGCUGCUUCUGGGUGCUAAUAAAUCUGGUAAAAGCACCAUUUUCAAGCAGGAGAGGUUUUUGCAUGGGAAGGAGUUUGAUGGAGAAAAUGAGAAGGCCACUGAAGUGCAGAACAUCAAAAACAAUCUGAAGGAAGCUAUUGAAACCAUCGUGGCCGAAAUGAGCUGCCUGCUGCCCCCCGUGGAGCUGGCCAACCCAGAGAACCAGUGCAGAGUGGACUACGUUCUGAGCUCGAGGACCGUGCUCAACUUCAGUUUCCCACCCGAAUUCUACAAGCACACCAAGGCGCUGUGGGAGGAUGCAGGAGUUCAUGCCUGCUACGAGCGCUCCAGCGAGUACCAGCUGAUUGACUGCGCCAGGUACUUCCUGGACAAGGUUGAUGUCAUCAAGCAGCCCCAUUGCGUGCCAAGCCACCAGGACCUCCUUCGCUGUUGUGUCCACACUCUUGGAAUCUUUGAGACUAAGUUCCAAGUGGACAAAGUCAACUUCCACAUGUUCGAUGUGGUGGGUCUGUACUAUUUCCGCCGUAUAUGGUGCGAGUACCUCAAUAAUGUGGCUGCCAUCAUCUUCGUGGUGGACAGCAGCAGCUACGAACUGAGCGACAUGGAGACCAACAUAUUGCAAGAGACUCUGGACAUCUUCAGAUCCAUGUGGUGCAUGUGCCCUGGCUCCCUCUGCGUGCUUCUGUUCCUCAACAAACAAGAUCUGCUCUCUGAGAAAAUCCUUGCUGGGAAAUCGAAGAUUGAGGACCACUUUCCAGAAUUUGCUCACUACGCUACUCCAGAUGAUGCUCCUUCUGAGCCUGGAGAAGACCCACGAGUAACCCGAGCCAACUACUUCAUUCGCAAUGAGUUUAUGAGGAUCAGCAUUGCUUGUGGAAAUAAGGACCACCACUGCUAUCCUCAGUUCAUUUGUGCUGUGGACGCUGAGAACAUCCAUUGUGUGUUCAGCCACUGCUGUGACAUCCUCCAGUGCCUGCAUCUUGGAGAGAGCUGCUCUAAGAAGGGAACCCCCAGCUUUAAUUAAAGCUGUAAGUUCAAUUGAUUUAAAGGGAUAGAAGAAAUAAAUAUGUACAGUAAAAUGGAGACAAGAGAAGCUAUAAUUUUUAAAUUGUACUUUUAAGAAAAACAGCUCUUUGGUACACAAAAGAUAUUAAGGUCUUUCAAGAAACUCACUCUUUAAAAAAAAUUCCUAAGUGUCUAAAAGACACAAUAACCCUGAGGGUGUGCUUGUCAUUUGUGAAAAGGGCCUUUUCUCCUAUGACUAGGCCAUCCCCUUUCACAUGUGAGAUGGGUCUUUUGCCUAUAGAGAGGGCCAUCACCUUUCCCCUGUAAAUUGAAUCCUCUCUUCCCAUAGACGUACACUUCCCAAACCUCAUAAAUGUACCUAGCUCCAGGCCACAAUGCACAUCUUUUGCUUAAGGGCCUAUUCUCUAUUCUCUUUGAAUGUGUGCUUGUAAACAAAACCACUGUGAAAUAAACCUCUCUAUGCCUCUUACUGAUGUGUCUUGAAAUCUUUUUCUGUCAUCAAGCCUAUAACUUAUCUGCAGGUGUGCUAAGUUAAAGUACCCUAUCUCAGCUUUAGGAGA